AUGGUCAGUCAGGGUUGCGUAAGACUUGCCAGCCUCUCCUGCCCUGGGGAACUUGAUCAAGAUAAGCAAAAGGAAACACCAGAAGAAACAGAAAAUGUAACUAACAAGACACAAGUGGAGAAGCAAAUCCAAGGUGAAGAAACUGUAACUGAAGAGGUAUAUGGACCUGUACUUAAGAGGAGUGACUCGGUAAAAACAGAACUUGCCUCCCAGGCAGAGAAGCAAAUCCAAGGUGAAGAAACUGAAACUGAAGAGGCAGAUAGAGCCAUCCUUGAGAGGAGUGACUCGAUAAAAACAGAACUUACCUCCCAGGCAGAGAGUCAAACCCAAGAAGAGGAAACUGAAGCUGAAGAGGAAGAUGAAACUGUACCUGAGGGAACUGAGUUGGUGAAACGCCCCGCCCAGCUAGAUCUGCCUGCUCACGUCCUGCUGGCAGGCAUAAAAAUCCAGGCCUGGUGGCGAGGCACACUGGUGCGCCGAACCUUGCUGCUGGCUGCCCUCAGUGCUUGGACCAUUCAGUGCUGGUGGAGGGAGACAAAGGCCAGGCUGCAGGGGAGGAAGUUACACGAGGUGAUGCGCUGCAGACUCAGAAGCCUAAACCUAAAGUCCAUCAACAAGAGAAAACAACCCAACCAAAGAGGAGACCACUGUGGCUCAGAAGGUGAGCAGCUCUAGCCAUAGCCAUGGACCAGACAGAGGUACAGACAACAAAACUCUACCGGUCUCUCUUCAUCCACUGAGAGCUCUGUCCUUUGCUUGGUUAGCUCCUUCCUUUAAGACAACCCAAGGACUCAAGGAUAAAAAAGACCCGAGCAGCCAGGAAGAUCCAGGCCUUGUGGCGCGGAUUCCUGGUGAG